AUUUCACUUAGCAUUGUCCAACUCCACCAUUCAUGUUCAGUAAAUUUUGAGACCAUCUGGCCAUCUUGUUUAGCCAAUGAACAUACGGUGAAUCAAAAUUUAAGAUUAAUUUGUUUCAUUUAAAAAUUGUUCGGUGAAUAUUAUCUAAACUGAUCAAUGUUGGGACCGUUUGGCAACCCUUCUCAAAAAUGCUCAUGGCAUACCUUCGUACUAGCAACAUUGUAUGUAUACAAAUGGGCUUUUCGUUCCACGUUUGUUGGGCUAGAUGCUGGAUAAAGAUAAGUGUUUUGAAGUUUCAAGCGGAGAAAAGGGAAAAUUUUAGCCCCCAGUGUCCAUCACCAACGCAAGUUCAUGAAUCUGCCGGGUCCGGGAGGAAACAGGGUAUUGAGGCAGCAAGGGUUAACGUGUAGACUCGACCUAGCACAAAGAAAUCUUUGCCUGAAACGAAGUGAAAAGAUGGAGUGACAACAUCGGGGCUUUAGGUACCCACUACAUCGUGAUCUCAUCACGUUCAGUGCCAGCACAGAAUAGUCAUUUCUAGUCUCGGAGGUGCCAGUCAUGGGAUGCCCCGUCAUCACAGCGAGACUGCGAAGCGCCAAAAACAAAUUUCAAAAUGGCCGGCGUCGAUAGCUGGGAGAAGACUUUAAGAAACAUUUUAACGGAAACAGAGGCGAAUAUUUCAAGUUACAAGAGAAAUAUGAGCCCAAGAUUUGAAAGCACUCCAUUUUCUCAAAGAUAUUCUAAUCCUGGAACAAGAGAAGGGUUAUCAGCACAAUUUUCUGCAAGUCCUGCAGGCUAUAAUCAACGAAAGCAAGUAUUUCCAGAUAGAAUGAAACUGCAAUCUGGUCAGUAUGAGAGCAGUUCUUCCUUGGUUUUAUCAAUGUCAAACAGAGUUGAGCAGCUUGAGCAAUUAACAAAUUCCCUAAACAACACAGUUUUAUCGCUACAAUAUGAAAAUAAGGUACAAAAUGAAGAGGUGAAACGACUCAAAGAUGAACUAAAGCAUCUAACAAAAAGACUUCAUGAAAAAGGUGUCGAUGUUGCAACGGAGAAAAAAUUGAAAAUGUGGCAGAGAGAAACUAGAUCAGAGCUCGACACAAUACGAAGCUUAAUCAAAACGAAAGCAAAAAGUGAUGAUUACAAUACUCUCAAUGAUGUCACUCUCCUUUCAUUGUCAAAAGAAAUUUCCGAUAGUAAAAGACUACUUCAGGAAGAAACAGACAUGCUCAGAAGGGAAACUGAUAAUCUAAGAACGCGCAUUCUGAAACUGGAAAACGAGGUUGCCGGUGUUGUUGGUGAAUCAAAAGAUCUUGGAAUGCGUCAGCUUCGUCUAGAGAAAGAUGUGUCUUCUGUGAAUGAUCAGUACAGAAUGCAGUCACGGUCUUUCUCGAAGAUUGACAAAGAAUACACGAUCAUCCAGAAGGAAAUUGAUCGCGUGACUCACGAGAUGGAGAAGAUUUAUCGAGACUUGAAUAGCAUUGGCAACCCAAAACAUCAGAAUCACUCGGAGGAGAGAGGACACAAGCGAAGUAGGAACACAAAGAAUUCAAAGCUCAAAAGUCCUAAAGAUCCGGCGAAGAAUUUUGCCCAUGAAAAUCGAUAUUCCGGCGAAUUAUUUGCAAACAGCCUUGAUAACUUCUCAGAUCUGUCAAUACUGUCAACGGAGUUAGAAGAUCUCAGUUUGAAUACGUCACUGCAACUUUCAGAUGAAGUAGAUUCAUUAGACCCUGAGGAAUUUUAAUGCUUUUGAAUAAAUUUUAUCCUUCGAUGUUUUUAUCAAGUUAGCUACCGGUAAUAUAUUUUGCGAUUUUAGAAAUCAUUUUAUGAGUUUCUUAAACAUUCUCGUGGUAAUUGAUAAUGUUCUGCAUUUUUACAAAAAAAUCUUAACUCAAGCCUCUGCCAUUCUCAUGAGGUGCUUCUAAGGUAAAAGAAUAACUUCAGUCUGAAAAAUUCAUUUUACCAAUCUUAAUUGAAUCCUUAUGUCGGAAUUGCUA